CUUCGUUCUACGUCCUCGCGCGAGGAGCUCCCACUCCCUCCUCCCAUGGAAAAUCCCCUUAAUUAUCAUAAAUAAAAAGAAAAUAAGGAAAAAACCGUUGUUUAUUAAUUCAUGGAUUUUCUCUCUCUUCCCACCUCCUCCUACACCCCCUCCACCACUCUCUCUCUAAAACCCCCUCUCAAACCCUCCCCUCCCCUCCACCUCCACCUCUCCUCCCGCAAACCCUCUCCUCCUCUGCCGCCGCCGCCGUCGCCGUCGCCUCUCUCCGCCGCCGCACGUCGCCCCUCGAUCCCGUCUCUUCCCCAACCUCCCAAACCCUCCUCCUCCAAUCCCCUCUCCUCCAAGCUCUGGCUCUCAAGUAAGCUCGCCCCCCCUCCUCCUCCCCCUCCUCCCCCUCCCUUACCUCCACAAGAAGCCCUAUCUCCCGAUCCUCCCACCUCCGAUCCCCCUUCUCCGGCGCCGAGCCCCGAAUCUGCGUCGGCAAACGCUGAUUUCAGGGAACCCGGUAAGAUAUUCGUGGGUAACCUCCCGCUCUGGAUUAAGAAGAACGAGAUCGCCGAGUUCUUCCGCCAAUUCGGGCCGAUAAAGAAGGUGGAGCUCAUCAGAGGCCACGAGGACCCUGAGCGGAAGGAGGAGACGGCGGCGCGGGCGGUGGACUUCGACAGCGUGGAGUUCCACGGGAGGGUCCUUACGGUUCGGUUGGAUGAUGGGAGGAGAAUGCGGGCGAGGUCGGAGGAGAGGGCGAGGUGGGUGGCAGGGUCCGGGGAGGGGAGAGAUUUCCGGUCGACAUGGCACGAGGAAAGGGAUAGGGCCUGUAGGAAGUUCCGGCAGGUUCUGGAGGCUCAGCCAGAGAAUUGGCAGGCUGUGGUCUCCGCCUUUGAGAAAAUAGAGAAGCCAUCCAGGAGAGAGUAUGGCUUAAUGGUGAUGUACUAUGCAAAAAGAGGGGAUAAGCACCAUGCUCGUGCCACCUUCGAGAACAUGAGAGCGAGAGGAAUAGAGCCAAAUUCAUAUGUGUUUACAAGCCUUAUUCACGCUUAUGCAGUUGAUAGAGAUAUGAGAGGUGCAUUAUCGUGCAUUGAAGAGAUGAAGACUGAGGGCCUUGAGCUUACUGUGGUGACUUACAGUAUCCUUAUUGCAGGCUUUGCCAAGAUUAAUGAUUCUGAAUCUGCAGAUAACUGGUUUGAAGAGGCAAAACAGAAGCUUACGUCCCUGAAUGCCAUUAUAUAUAGCAACAUUAUUUAUGCUCAUUGCCAAGCUGGGAAUAUGGGUAGAGCUGAAGAAUUGGUCCGCGAAAUGGAAGAAAAUGGGAUAGAUGCUCCUAUUGAUGCAUAUCACAGUAUGAUGCAUGGCUACACAAAUAUUCAGAAUGAAGAGAAAUGUUUAAUUGUGUUUGAAAGACUUAAGGAAUGUGGAUUCACACCUUCAGUUAUUACUUAUGGUUGUCUUAUCAAUUUGUAUGUUAAGAUUGGGAAGGUCUCAAAAGCCUUAGAGAUAAGCAGAAUAAUGGAAUCAUGUGGCAUCAAACAUAAUAGCAAGACUUACUCAAUGUUGAUCAAUGGGUUUAUCCAUUUAAAUGAUUAUGCAAAUGCCUUCAGCAUCUUCGAGGAGAUGCUUAAAUCAGGCUUAAAAGCAGAUCGCGUCAUAUACAACAUUUUGGUAGAAGCAUUUUGUAAAAUGGGUAAUAUUGAUCGAGCCCUUCGUAUCGUUGACAAAAUGCAAAAGGAGAGAUUUAGGCCUUCAGGUAGAACAUUUAGGCCAAUUAUAGAAGGGUAUGCAGCAGCUGGAGAUAUGAAAAGAGCUAUGGAAACUUUCGAUCUUAUGCGAAGAAGUGGUUGUAUUCCAACUGUAGAAACUUACAAUGCUCUUAUUCAUGGUCUCGUCAGGAAGCAUCAGGUGGAAAAAGCUGUUGAUGUCAUGGAAAAGAUGUCUUUGGCUGGGAUGACUCCAAAUCAGCAUACCUACACAAUUAUAAUGGGCGGUUAUGCUGCUGAUGGUGAUAUAGGCAAAGCCUUCGAAUACUUCACAAAAAUUAAGGAGAAUGGACUAAAACUUGAUGUUUUCAUAUACGAAGCAUUGCUUAAGGCAUGUUGCAAAUCGGGGCGGAUGCAAAGUGCUUUAGCAGUCACGAGGGAAAUGAGCGUCCGAAAGAUUCCAAGGAACACGUUUGUUUACAACAUUCUAAUUGAUGGAUGGGCUCGAAGAGGGGAUGUGUGGGAGGCCGCUGAUUUAGUUCAGCAGAUGAAGCAAGAUGGAGUUCUUCCAGACAUCCAUACGUACACUUCCUUCAUAAAUGCAUGUUGCAAGGCUGGUGAUAUGCUGAGAGCUACAAAAGUGGUAGAAGAGAUGGAAGCUGCUGGAGUAAAGCCUAAUGUUAGAACAUAUACCACCUUAAUUAAAGGCUGGGCGCGGGCUUCGCUUCCUGAGAAGGCUUUUAGAUGCUUCGAAGAGAUGAAACAGGCUGGGUUGAAGCCUGACAAGCCUGCAUACCAUUGCCUCAUGACCUCUCUUCUCUCUAGGGCAACUAUUACUGAGGACUAUAUCUACUCAGGAAUUGUAAGUAUUUGCAAAGAGAUGAUCGAGAACGACCUGACCGUCGAUCUCCGAACCGCCGUGCACUGGUCGAAAUGUCUUCGAAGGAUCGAGAGAUCGGGGGGUGAGCUCACGGAAGCGAUUCAGAGAACGUUUCCGCCUGCUUGGAAUACGCAUGAAAUUGAUGAGAAAAAUUCUGAUUAUCUGAUUGAAAGUCAUGGUGGUGAUGACAGCGAGUAUGAAUUUAGUGAUGAGAGUGGGAAUGAAGAUAAUGAUGAUGAUGCCGGUGAUGAAGGUGCAAUCCAGACACACAAAAUUUAGAGGCAGUGAAAAGUUAAAAGGGUUCACAAUUACAUGUAAUUUGGUGAAGUUUGCAGCAUGUUUCAGUGACGAAAAGGUAUUUCAGCUUAGGAGUAACCAUGCAAUUGAGUUAAAUGGCCAUGAAAUGUUUGUAAUUUUGAUCUUCUUUUUUUUUUUUUUUUUUUUUUUUUUUUUUUUUUUUUGCUCAUUCUGCAUCUCUGUUUAGUAAAACUGCCAUGCUAACAUGGCUGUUGUUUAUUCAUUUUGCUUUUGACCGUAGCUGCUGCUUUUCCAAUUGUAGAGCUUAUUAAUGCAUUACUAAGUUCGCUUUGUUUGUGAUUAUGAGAUUUUGAUGUAGAAAAGUAUUGACAGGAAAUAGCAACAUAAGUUUUGUUGGGGAA